GGACGAGAAAUCUAGGGCGAAGUUGGCUUCACGACAUAUACAUGAACUCGAAGAUUCUCAACUUUCGAUUCUCGAUUCUGACUUUUUCUUUUGGUAAAAUUUCGUGAGCCUCGGCCUACGUAUCAAUCCCAAUGUCAGACACUAUGAGAGCUCUUGUAGGCGCCGACACAGGCAGCGGCUACCACCUUGCCCAAGAUGCCCCAAUCCCCGUCCCGCCACCCGGCAUGUUGCUUGUCCGCGUCCACUCCGUUGGUUUCAACCCACCCGAUGCCCACAAGACGGUCGACUACCUCCCCUCCAAUGCUGCUGCUCCAAGUCCAGCUGGCGGCGGCUGUGGCUUCGCUGGCACCGUCGCCGGGCUGGGCGAGGGCGUGACGCGGUUCCAGGUGGGCGACCGCGUCCUCGUCUGCUCGUUUGGCCCAGUCGACACCGACAUGAGCAAUGGAGGCGCCUUUGCAGAGUUCGCACUCGCCGAGCAAGACAGCAGCUACCGCGUGCCCGAUACGAUGGACUUUGCCGAGGCAUGUUCGAUCGCCAUGGGGCUCGCGGCUAUCGAUCAGCUGUCGAUGAUGCACGGCGGCGACAACAACAACACCACCACUGUACUCGUCUCCGGCGGUACAACGCCAACCGGCAUCAUGGCCACUCAGCUCCUCAAGAUGGCCGGCUACACCCCGAUCGUGACCUGCGCGCCCGCCGACAACGCCCUGUGCCAAGAAUACGGCGCCGCCGCGUGCUUCGACAGCCACUCGCCGGCCUGCGGUGCCGACGCCCGCGUGCACACCGACAACAGCCUGCUCUACGCGCUCGACUUCAUCGCCGACGACAUCUCAAUGAAGAUGUGCUACGAGGCCGUCGGCUCCGGCUCGUCGUACUACUAUGGCCUCAAGAAGCCCGCUAAUGCCAUCGCCAUCAAGUACACGCGGCGGGAUGUGCGUGCCGACUGGAGGCUGGCUGGCGGUGUUCAAAUUUUGGGCGGCGGGCUUGACAAUUUGCCCGCGGCCUUGGAGGACUUGAAGACGGGGAGUAUGCAUAAUGCGAAGACGCUGAUUGUGCCGCUCAUGGCGUAGUCCGAGGUAUCUAAGUAGUCAGUAGAUGGACUAUGGGCUGUAUACAGACAUCACCUGGGGUAACUAAAUCGAACUAAAUCUUGGCUUGAAUAUUCGCAAGAUGAUUUUGUUUAUCUGCCUGC